AGGGAGAUCCGCAAGCGGAAGCCCGUUUGCCCCGGAAGCGCUUCUAAGGAAGCUCGCUUUAUCCUGCCGGAACGGCUGUUAAGGGGCGGCUAUGGCUUUGCCGAGGGGCUCCACGGGAAAUCAGCCAAAUCCCCGCGAGAGGCUCCGUUUUCGCACUCUUGACACUGGGAUCAAAACCAAGGGGUCCGAUGAUGGAGAUGCCCCUCCUGCCAAGAGGACCCCCAUUUUCUACGGGAGCCUGGAGGAGAAAGAGCGCGAGCGGAUCCUGAAGGGGGAGUCGGCGAUGAUGGGCAAAGAAGCCGUCAAAGCAGCCAUUGAGGCUGGCAACAUCAACAUCUCCACCGGGGAAGUUUUUGACCUCGACGACCACAUCAGCGAACGUCAAGCAGAAGUCCUGGCCGAAUUUGAGCGCCGGAAACGGGCGAGGCAAAUCAACGUUUCCACGGAUGACUCCGAAGUCAAGGCCUGCUUACGAGCGCUCGGAGAACCUAUAACGCUGUUUGGGGAAGGCCCGGCCGAAAGGAGGGAGAGGCUACGUAAUAUUCUCUCGGUUGUUGGCCCCGACGCCUUGAAGAAAACCAAGAAAGAUGACGAAAAAUCUAAGAAGUCCAAAGAAGAGUAUCAGCAGACCUGGUACCACGAAGGGCCAACCACCUUGAAGACAGCGAGACUCUGGAUUGCAAACUACUCCCUUCCCCGGGCAGUGAAGCGACUGGACGAAGCCCGGUGGUUUAAGGAGGUCCCCGAAGCCACACGGACAUCCCAGAAACAAGAGCUUCACAAAUCUUUAAGGUCCCUGAAUAACUUCUGCAGCCAAAUUGGGGAUGACCGUCCUAUUUCCUUUUGUCACUUCAGUUCCAACUCCAAAUUCUUGGCCACAGCCUGUUGGAGCGGGCUCUGUAAGAUAUGGUCGGUGCCGGAUUGCAAUCUCGUCCUCACUUUGCGAGGGCAUAACACCAACGUUGGCGCCAUCGUCUUCCACCCCAAAGCCACCAUUUCAUUGGACAAGAAGGACGUCAAUCUAGCGUCUUGCGGCGCCGAUGGCUCCGUCAAGCUCUGGAGUCUGGAAAGCGAUGAACCAGUGGCUGAUAUAGAAGGCCACACAGUGAGAGUGGCCCGGGUCACAUGGCAUCCCUCUGGCAGAUUUUUGGGCACCACAUGCUAUGACCACUCCUGGCGUUUGUGGGACCUCGAGGCCCAGGAGGAGAUUCUCCACCAGGAAGGGCACAGCAAAGGGGUCUACGACAUCGCCUUCCAUGGCGAUGGCUCCUUAGCCGGCACCGGUGGUCUGGAUGCGUUUGGCCGCGUCUGGGACUUGCGCACCGGAAGGUGCAUUAUGUUCUUGGAAGGUCAUCUCAAAGAGAUCUACGGGGUCAGCUUUUCCCCGAACGGGUACCACAUCGCCACAGGCAGUGGAGACAACACCUGUAAAGUUUGGGACCUUCGCCAAAGGAGAUGCAUUUACACCAUCCCCGCCCAUCAGAAUCUGAUCACCGGAGUGAAAUUCGAACCGAAUCACGGCAACUUCCUGCUGACCGGGGCCUACGACAACACGGCCAAGGUGUGGACCCACCCGGGCUGGUCUCCCUUGAAGACCUUGGCCGGACACGAGGGCAAAGUCAUGGGCUUGGACAUCUCCAUGGACGGGCAACUGAUCGCCACCUGCUCCUACGACCGGACCUUCAAGCUCUGGAUGGCAGAAUAAGCAGGGUAUUUCCACCCAUCCGAACCCUUCUCCGCGCCACCUGGGGGAUUUACCUGGGUUUUAUGUCGGGAGGAGAUCUGAUCACAACUGGCCUUGCAGAGUCCAUCCUCUUACUCCUCCUCCUCCUCCUGUUACGCCGGCCAGCCCAGGUGAUAAAAGGUUGCAAACCACCCCCCUGCUUUUGCUGGCCUUGGACGGAGACGCUUCUGGGAGAUCGGAGGGUCCCCCUCAAAUAGGUGGUCUUUGGACCUCUCAGUUUGGGACCGGAAUCGUUUUCUCUGUUGGGCAGAGACUUUUUUAAAAAAAUCAGAAAAAAAAUAAGUGUAUUAAAACGAAGUGGCUGCUUCUGUUUCAAAGCCUCCA